AUGACGGCUGCAAAGGAUAAGAUAAGACAAGCUUUUCCUCAACAAAACAAGCAAGGUUUGCUCAAGAUGGUCAUGACCAUUAUUGACAAACGUUGGGAGACUCAAAUGGAUCAUCCAUUGUAUGGGGAUGCUUUGUUUUUGAACCCUGGAAAAUACUUCUCUAUUAAAGAGAGUGGUGAUGAUGAACUUGUUGGUGAGCUAAGAAGUUGUUUCAAUGAUGUCCUUGCAAAAAUGGUAGCUGAUGUGCCCACUCGAAACAAGAUUGAUGCACAAGUCGUUCUCUAUGAGGACAAGCGACAAGGUUUUUCUAAUGUGAUGGCCAUCGAAAACAUGGGCAAAAGAAACCCUCUUGAUUGGUGGAGUUCAUAUGGUGGUCGAGCCAUUGACCUACAAAGGUUUGCAAAGAGGAUUGUUAGUCUUUGUGCAUCAUCAUCCGGUUGUGAGAGGAAUUGGAGUGCAUUUGAAUUUAUCCAUACCAAGAAAAGGAAUCGGUUACAACACCGAAUCUUGAAUGACAAUGUUUUUGUUUCAUACAACCGGAAGAACAUGGAUAGGUUUCAAAAGAGGCGUGAGAAGAUUGGUGACAAAAGCUAUGACCCUCUAAUCAUUGAUGAUUUUGAUUGGGGCAAUGAGUGGGUUGACCCAACAAUGCCUCCACCCCAAGGUGCUAGAGGGUGUCCCGAUGACAUUUCAUGGGAGCUUGUUGAUGAGGCUGUUGGUGCAAGUUCAUCGCUGCAAGGCCGCAAUUUUCCUAGAGGUGCAAGUGCAACCAUGGGAAGGGGUCCCUCAAAUGCCAACAUCCAGUACCAAAGGCAGCGCAAAAGGCCUGCUCCAACACCAUCAUAUGAGUCAGAUGAUCAAGAAGAUGACCAGGUACAACGCUCAAGUGAGCCCAAUGGAGAGGAUGAUGAUUCCGACUAUGUUGAAGAUGAUGUGGAUGUGACCGAUGAUGAUGAAGACCCAACUAGUGCUGACCAAGAUGAUGAGAACCAAAAUGCUACCAUGGAUGACUUCGAUGAUCACUUUUGA